AUGCAUCGCCUAGCUGCUGCCAUGCUCGUGUUGCUCUGCUGCUGCUGCUUGUUCCUCGCCACGCAGCAGCAGCAGCAGCUCCAGCCAGCCGCCGGUGGUAACAGAGCGAGCCCGAGCUGCAUACCACACGAGAGGGACGCCCUGCUGGCAUUCAAGCACGGCGUCACCAGCGACCCUGGCGGCGUCCUCAGCUCGUGGCGGCGAGACGGUCGCCACGACGAGCAAGACUGCUGCCGGUGGAGAGGCGUCCGGUGCAGCAACCGAACUGGCCACGUCCACGAGCUUCGACUUGGAAGCACCUUCGACGGACCAGAUUUGGCCGGCCAGAUAAGUCCUUCCUUGCUUGCUCUGGAUCACCUAGAGCACCUUGACCUCAGCUGGAAUUAUCUAGCAGGGCCAACGGGUCGUCUUCCCGAGUUCUUGGGCUCUCUAAAGAAUCUCAAGUAUCUUAACCUCUCUGGCAUACCAUUCUACGGUGGCGUGCCUCCCCAGCUUGGCAACUUGUCAAGGCUGCAGUAUCUAGAUCUUUCCAGCUGGAUGGGAGGCAUGAACUCGAUGGAUCUCUCAUGGUUAACACACAUUCCUUCCAUACAAUAUCUUAACUUGAACAGAGUGGACCUCAGCACAGUAGCGGAUUGGCCUCGUGUCAUGAACAUGCUUCCUUCUUUGAGGGCCCUCCAUAUUUCAGGCUGCUCUCUUGCAAGCGCAAACCAGUCGCUGCCACACCUGAACCUUACAUAUCUCGAGGAGCUCCAUGCCUCCGGGAACUCCUUCCACCAUCCAAUGGUGACCAGCUGGUUCUGGAACAUAACAAGCCUUAGAUUCCUUUACCUCAGCUCCACUAGUAUGUACGGUCAAUUUCCGGAUGCUCUUGGAGACAUGACAUCCCUGCAAGUCCUUGAUCUUUCAAAUGAUUAUUGUCUUUAUGAUUAUCAUGAUGAUGACAAGAACAUGCGCAGGAUGAUCACGAAUCUUAAGAACCUAUGCAAUUUGGAGGUCCUGAACCUUGAAUGCACUCUCUUAUAUGGUUGGAACUACAUCACAGGACAUGUUCCAUAUGAGAUUGGUAAGCUUAGUAAGCUGACCCAUCUGGAUCUAAGUAUAAAUAAACUGGAUGGCACGAUAACUGAGGAACACUUUGCUAGUGCAGGGAGCUUGCAAUAUAUAGACUUGUCAUAUAAUGCCCUCAAGAUUGAGAUCAGCUCGGACUGGCAACCACCAUCCAAAUUAGAUACUGUAAACUUUGCAUCCUGCCAGAUGGGCCCACUGUUUCCUGGGUGGCUUCAGUGGAAUGUGAGCAUCGCCUAUCUUGAUAUCUCGAGUGCAGGCAUAGCUGAUAGGCUUCCACAGUGGUUCUCCGAUGCAUUUUCAAAUGUUUGGUUCAUGAACAUCUCCAACAAUCAACUCAACGGAACUUUGCCGGCUGAUAUGGGCUCCAUGUCACUUCAGGAACUCGACCUCAGAUCAAACAAAUUAACUGGUCAGAUACCCACGCUGCCACCAAACAUACAUACCUUGGACUUGUCCAAUAACUUCUUGUCAGGACCUCUGCCCUCUGCUACUAGAUCCGCCAAUCUAACCCACCUUUCUCUGUUCUCCAACCGACUCACUGGUCAUAUUCCUGAAUCUUUUUGUAAAUAUCAGCAAUUAGUUGUGUUGGACUUAUCCAACAAUUUUUUGGAGGGAGAACCACCGAUGUGCCUCGGGGUAACGGAAUGUAUGGAAUUGGUAGCCUUAAGUAACAAUAGUUUGUCAGGAAAGUUCCCGUCUUUUCUGCAAAAAUUGACAAAUGUGCACUUCCUAGAUUUGUCUUGGAACAAAUUCUCUGGAAGAUUGCCAAUGUGGAUUGGAAGCUUAACAUCAUUAAGAGUUAUACGAUUAAGUCACAACAAGUUCUUUGGUAGCAUUCCAGUGAACAUCACAAACCUUUCUUGCCUUCAGUACAUGGACCUAAAUAACAAUAAGAUAUCAGGCUCUCUGCCAAUCUACCUAUCAAAUCUUAAAUUUAUGACAAACCUUUUUUGUUCUGACGCCAUUGAAGUAAUUGAUUCUCAUCUUAAUAGUUUGUCUACGAUCUGCGGAAGGGGCAGGAAUUGA